AUGUCCGCAGGUCGCGUAGUAAUCUAUGGUGGGAAAGGGGCAUUGGGCUCCGCGUGCGUCGAUCACUUUAAAGCCAACAAUUAUUGGGUGGGCAGCAUUGACUUGAGUGAAAACGAGAAGGCCGAUGUCAGUAUUGUGGUGCCACGCGAUGCCAAUUGGCCGGAUCAAGAAUCGGCCGUGGUUAGCAAAGUGGGUGACUCUCUGAAUGGCCAGAAACUGGAUGCUGUCAUCUGUGUGGCCGGCGGUUGGGCUGGCGGCAAUGCCGAAAAGGAUUUGGCCAAGAAUGCCGAUCUUAUGUGGCGUCAGAGCGUCUGGACUUCAAGCAUUUCAGCAGCUGUGGCUGCCCAUCACUUAAAGGACGGCGGACUGUUGGCUCUAACUGGAGCAAAGCCAGCUCUGGAGGGUACUCCCGGCAUGAUUGGCUAUGGCAUGGCCAAGGCGGCCGUUCAUCAGCUAACUCGUUCGCUGGGUGCUGAGAAAUCCGGUUUGCCAACUGGUUCACUUGUUGUAUCCAUUCUUCCCGUCACUCUCGAUACCCCGAUGAAUCGCAAAUGGAUGCCCAAAGCGGACUUUGGCACAUGGACACCCUUGACAGAGGUGGCCCAGCUUUUCGAUAAAUGGACCAAAAAUGAGGAGAGACCCAAAACUGGAUCUCUGCUACAAUUGAUUACCAAGAAUGGCAUCACUGAGCUCAUCGCAGCUGAAUAAAACUAUACACACAUACAUAAAUAAUUGACUUGGCGCUUGUACAUAAAUCUCCACAUCUGAAUAAAUAAAUCGAAUCGUUUUAGCGGUCUUUCAAAUUGUUUAA